GUGUUCCGGAACAGUACGAGUUUGGCGUUCAGGGGAAGUGGUUGUACGUGCAGUUUCUUGCUUCCAAUAAUGAUUUUCCAUAUGAACGUGUGUCUUAGACAGCAUAUUUAGAAACAGCAACAGACUCUUGUAUUGUAAGCAACAACAGGCAGACUAACAAAAUGACCGACACAAAAUCAUCUGAUGAUGUCAUCGCCGUCAGUCGCGAAAUGCCGCCAUCUGCAAGUAAGACACCUUCUCCUGAGAAAGAGAUUGUCCCUGCCAAUCAGAAGAAAAGGAAACCACCGCCUACACUCGGGAAAAGCUUGGUUGGGCUCUGCAAGAUUGCCGCCAAACACUUACCUCUGGUUGUUGGUGUUUAUGCCAUGGGGUAUUUCAACUUCUCCAUAGCCUGGAUACUCGGCAUAGUGGGAAUCACGGCAGCUACAGAUCAAUGGAGAAAAGAGAGAAAUUACAGAAUGAGUACUGCCCGAGCUUCAGCUCUCUAUGAUGAUAAAGAUGUUAUCAUGGCCCGGGUCAGUGAUCUUCCUUCUUGGGUUUUUUUUCCGGAUUUUGACAGAGCAGAAUGGCUCAAUAAGAUUUUGAAGCAAGUGUGGCCAAACGUUGGACACUACGUGAGAAACAUCAUUUUGGAAGCCGUUCAGCCUGGCAUACGUGAAAGUUUGAAGGCCUACAAGCUGGGCGGAUUCAAAAUGGAUAAGAUUUCUCUUGGAACUAUGCCCUUCAGAGUUGGCGGCGUUAAGGUUUACGAUAAGAAUGUCUCGCGUAAUGAAAUUGUGAUGGAUAUGGACAUUUGUUAUGCAGGGGAUUGCGACAUUCGUUUUAGUAUCAAAGGACUUAAAGGCGGUAUCAAGGACUUUCAGAUGUCAGGAAUGCUGCGUGUGAUUAUGAAACCCCUAAUUUCGCAAAUUCCGCUUUUUGGUGGCAUUCAAAUUUUUUUCCUCAACAGCCCGUCUGUAGAUUUCAAUCUUAUUGGCGUGGUAGACGUAUUGGAUAUGCCUGGCUUAAAUGGUAUUCUGCGACGCGUAAUUAUUGAACAAAUCGGGGCUUUCCUUGUUCUACCCAACAAACUAAGUUUCACGCUAUCAGAUGUCGUGUCCCCCAUCGUCGUGAAAAUUCCCGAACCUUCUGGCGUGCUAAGAGUCCGAGUCAUCGAAGCCAAGCAAUUGAUGAAAAUGGAUCGCGUCUUGGGCAUUGGAAAAUCAGAUCCCUACGCCAUCAUCACGGUCGGUUCUCAAGAGUUUCGCACUAAAACCAUCUACAACACGGUCAAUCCCAAAUGGGAUUUCUACUGCGAGGCAAAAGUGGAGUCUUUGCGAGCCCAGAAUUGUUUCAUCCAAGUAUGGGAUUACGACGCCGGAUUUCCCGGCAUACAGAAUGAUGAUUAUCUAGGAAGGGCCACGAUUGAUAUCUACAGCAUCGCCAAAGCUGGAAAGAAAGAUAUGUGGGUGACGUUGGAAGACGUCAAAUCAGGAAUGAUCCAUCUGGAGUUGACUUGGUUUAGUUUAAUGGACGACCCAGUCAUGUUAAAAAUGCACGCCGCUGAAACACAAAGCAUGGGACUCAGUUCGGCGCUGCUCAUAGUGUACGUCGACUCGGCCACGUCCCUCCCCAGCGCCAGGACAUCUUCAAAACCCGAUCCUUAUGUGAUCGUGACUGCCGGCAACCGUAGCGAGCAAACUUCAGCUCGGAUGCGUACUUGCGAUCCCACUUGGGAGCAGGCCCUUGUCUUCCUCGUCUGCAAUCCCGAAUCGGACGAUCUGUAUUUAAAAGUUAUGGAUCAGAAAACGGGCGGAGAACUUGGUGGGGAGAAGAUAACGCUAGUGUCUUUGCUAACUCUUCCCAACAUGGAAUUGAGUCAUCAGCCGUUGAGCUUGAAAAAUUCUGGUCCCGAAAGCAAACUCAUCGUUUCCAUUCGAUUAAAGGUGAUGGUACCCGGGCAGCCCAUGGAAGGAAACGAAUCGAUUUUGGAUACGGGAGAUUUCGCCAGCGAUCCACCUCUUCCCAGUACGCCGCCACCCUCAAGUUCUGAUUCGAUGAAAGCCAAACCGGAGCCAAAAUCGGAUGCACCCGGAGGUAAUGACAUGCAAACUUCCGCUUCAGGAUCAUCAUCAUCCGCCGCGGGCGACACCAUUAGCCUAGGCGGAAGAAGCGAACAAACUUCGUCGUUAGACAAAUCGAUGAGCUCUUCAACCAACACUCUGGUGUCUGCGGCUAAAUUGAGUCUCGACCGCGAUUCGAAUUCGUCCAUUCGGCGGAGGCAAAAGGGCGGGUUGCCCCCUGGCGUCGUCAGUCAAGUGCAGCUCACACUGCGCUAUAGCAGUCAGCGACAGAGACUAAUUAUCGUCGUGCACAAAGUCAGCCAACUGCCGGGCGGAGACCAACCCGAUCCGCCCGACCCUUAUGUGAAACUCUACCUACUUCCAGAUCGAUCGACCAACAGCAAACGUAAAACCGAGAUUGUAAAAGACACCGUCAAUCCAGUUUUUGACGAAACUUUCGAGUACACGGUGGUCCCGAUCGACUUGCCGUCACGUGAGCUUGAAGUGAGCGUCAUUAAUCGCAAGGGACGGUUCGCCCGCAGUCCGCUCAUGUGCAGCUGCGUCGUCAUCCUGGGGCAUCACGAUCUGACUCAAGCCGUCACUCAAUGGUUUGAGAUGAAACCGUCGGAGUAAAUUUUUUCCUAAGAUGAUCCUACCGUCGGUUUUGACAGUUACUUAUAUUUGAUUACUAAAUUUUUCACUUGAUUUCCUUCCUCCUUUACGAGGCCUUUUACGCAGCUCUCUUUGCCACUUUGUUUCCCGGUCAGUAUUUUAAUAAUAGCUUUCAUCCGACUGCUUAGACUCUCUCUCUCUAUUAUCUGAAGACACUAAGGCCCACAUCGUCCAAAACUUUCAAACGUUUAUUACUAAUCAUAUUACUCUUUGACAGAAAAGGAAAUACCCAUAAAUUGCAUUUGUACCGCAAAUACCCGAGUGAUUGUGUGAUACCACAAACUGUUUUUAUUUGGUCGCUGCCUCGUUUAGAAAGUAAAAGAACAUUUUUUUUUGGGGGGGGGGGUUUGAUGAAGCAGCUAUUUUGUCAAUUUUUUUUUUUUUGUUUUGUUUGUGUGUGUCUUUGGACAUAGGAAUUUAAAGAAAAAAGUUUGAUGGCAUUGUUGGAACAGCUCUUUUUCAUUUUGAUUUUCUCCUCCUCCAUCUCUUUUGUCUUUUGGGUUCUUUGUGCCAUACGUGUUUUGUUUGUAUUCUUUGCGCUUGACAUUUUUCCUAUGGAUAGAGGGGGUCUCGACUUGUCAUUUUUAUGCUCUCUGCCUCAAUACCUAUAUCCUAUCAAUGUUUCCCGAAUAUACAAACUCUAUGACAAAGA